AUGCCGGAGUUCAAAGCUCAGAUUCCCAGCCAUCGCGAGUUCAAUGGUGGGGACCUCCUUGCUCAGACUCUCAAACAUCUCGGCGUGGAGGUAGCGUUUGGACUACACGGUGGACAUCUUGAUGCUUUCCUUCUCGGUGCCGACGAGAUUGGGAUCAAGCUGGUCGACACCAGGCAUGAGACUGUAGCUAUUCAGGCAGCAGAAGGAUAUAGCAAAGUGUCAGGGAAGGUUGGCUGCAGCUUCGUCACUGCCAAUAGCGGCUUCGCAAACAGCCUGGCUGGACUUGCAACAGCGUUCGCUGACAGAUCACCCAUUUUUGUCAUCACAUCAUCUCCUCCGCUCCAAGAUGCCGAAACCAACGCCCUACAAGGGUUCCACGACCAGGUCGUCAUUGCUAAGCCGAUCACGAAGUUCUGCCACCGGGUCACCAAUGUUGAAGAGAUCCCACGUCUGGUCUCGUACGGCUUCCGAGCAGCAAACACUGGCAUCAAGGGACCUGUUCUGAUCGACCUUCCCAUCGACGUCCUUUUCACCCCACCACAGAUGUCGAGGAUUGCUUAUGGUGCUGUGUCAGUUGCUCCUGCGUUCAACCCGGCGCCUGAUCCAGCGGCGAUUGACACAUUAAUCGAGGCGUGGAACAAGGCCAAACGUCCGGUUAUUAUCACCGGCACGGGCGCGGGAGGGACGGGCAAAGAGCUCACGAAGCUUGCCGAGACAACCCAUACCCCAUGCUUCUACUCUAACAAAUACAGCUUUUCCAUUCCACCGGACCAUGAGUUGAGAGAUGGAAUGGCGACAAGGUUGGCCGCCUUUGCUGGCGGACCCCAACCCGACUUUGUGCUACUUCUUGCUGCCCGCACGGGCUUCUUGCUGGGCGGCCGAAGCGGUGCGAUCAUUCCCAAUCAGAACUGCACACUUGCUCAAGUAGAUCUCGACGGGUCCGAGAUCGGUAAGAGCCAUCCCAUUGAGAUCGGUAUCGUGGCAGACGCGGGCUUGUUUUGUGAAGCACUCUUUGAGAAGAAAUCAAAGCUGUCUGUCUCCCGAAAUGAAGAAUGGAUCAGGGACUGCAAGGAUCACAAAUCUACAAUGUCGAACUACGUCGACCAAGGCCAAGUCAUGCCCGAUGGCCAACUUCAUCCAUACUUGGCCCACGAUGCGGUCAUGCGGGCUCUACCAAAAGACAGCAUCAUAAUCAUCGAUGGUGGAGAGGCAGGCCAGUGGUCUUGCAUGACGCUCGAAUCCGCCGAGCCUAAGAUUGCGAUGGUAGCGACAGGAUACCUUGGCCAUCUCGGGAAUGGAUGGGGGUAUAGUCUGGGAGCAGCAGUCGCCGACCCAAGCAGACUAGUUGUUAACAUGCACGGUGACGGAUCUGCUGGCUUCCACAUCCAAGAGCUUGACACCUUUGCUCGCUUUGGUCUCAACAUCCUCACCAUUGUAGCCAACAACUACGUAUGGGGAAUGUCUGGGAAUGGUCAACACCUCUUGUUCGGUGACAAGAUCAAAUCCCGACCAGCGGUACAGCUGUCAAAGCAGUGCAGGUACGACGUGGUCGCACAAGGAUUCGAUUGUGCCGGCGAAAUCGUUAGGGACUUUGACAAGAUUAAACCAACAGUCGAGAAGAUGUCCAAGAGUGGGAAACCUGGCUUGAUCAACCUGAUCGUCAGCUCGGAUCCGAUCACGCCAGCGACGAGGGGGAUGGUGGGGAUGAGUGAUGAUAAGAAUGUGAUUGUUGUACCUUAUUAUGACAACGUGCCCCGAGCGUACUACAAGGAUAGCGGAAAGGUUGCGAAUGGUCAGGCAUAG